GCAAAAAUCAUUUUUGGUCCGACCCGGAAUUUUAUUAUUUGACCGGACAGAAAAAAAUGGUGCGCGAGAUUUUUUUUUCAAGCAAAAAGUAUGGUGCGCGUAUAAUUAGCCUUUAUUUAUUUGCUGUUGCACACAAACCCUAAUCUACGGGCCUAUAUAGUUCUAUUUUUUUGCAGUGUAAUAAAUGUCACGAGUGGUGGAACCGUUCAAUGCUGAAGUGAUUGACACCUUUUGUUUUCAUUGGCCAGAUAUGCAUUCCUAUGUAUUGGUACGUGUAUUGGAAAAGACGAUUGCCAUUUUACCCAUUCGUUCACGACUUGCUUUUCUUUAUUUUCACCAUGCGCCAUUACCUAGUCAUCCUUCACCCGCUGAAUUAAGAAAGACCUCAGGUCAUCAAACAAAGCGUCUUCAAUACAUGUUUAAGCAAUGGAAACAUACUCUCAUUUUAGACGAACCACCUAUGACCCCUACCGAUACACCUUCGUCCACACCGUCCAAUGUGACAUUGAGCAAUGUCAUGUCGUAUGAACCCAGUUUGAAAUCAGGUUGGAUUCAUGCACCUUGUACAGUGACCGAUGAUGUGAAUGUGUUUGACAAUACGGUUGUCUUGACAACACGUCAUACCGUGCUUCGACUCACCUGUCGCUGUUAUUCGGAAAAGAUGAUGUUUAUGAAUCUGGUUAAAUUAAAGCAACAGUCUCUGAGGCUGAGUGAGCCCGUGGUGCCUCAAGAAGAAGAAGAGAAGACCCUGUCUGCAACGCAAUGGGUGGACCACAUGGUGCGUGGGAAUCAAGCGCAAGUGGAGCGUAUCCAGCAACUCACACAACACAUGGAGAAUUCAAAGGGAACCAUCUCGCAUUGUGUGAAGCAAUUAUUGGAUCUAGAGCGAUCGUUGGAUAUACUUUUGGAAAGUACAACGCAAACGACCCAUUUACAAGCCUUUGAGAGAAUCUUGGACCAUGUGCAUCAACAAGUGAAAGCAUGUUCGGGUUGUUUUCAAUCGUAUAAGGGACGGAUGAGUGCAUUACAGGAACGGAUAUUUAAUCAUACCGGGUAUUUAAAACAGGUAGAACAAAGGUUUGAUACAUUGUGGCGGUGUGAUGAUGGGUUUGCAUGGCGUUACCUAUUUUUGGCUAUCCUUGUGAUUUACAUUGCCAUAAAGUGCAUUUAAGAGAAAUA